AGUCAAUGCCGUCUCCUCGUUGUAACUCGGAAGCUGGUAGAAAAGUAAGCGAAAUUUACAGAGAGAGAAAGAGAGAACUGUAGAGAGAGAUAGAGAUAGAGAGAGAGAGAGAGAGGGAGAAUUGGAGAGAGAGAGAAGGGGUGGGAGAAGUACACACACAGGAAGAGAAUGAGAAAGAUUGGAUAAUCUUUCCAUGGAUUUUUGAGAUCCAGAGGAAGAAGGAGAAAGAGCUCCAGCUUGUUCGACAUAUCGAGUUCGAAUCGAAGAUUUUUCAGAGUCAAAGCAGCCGAAGAACACAGAGAGAGAGAGAGAGAGAGAGAGAGAGAGGGAGAAGUCAGCCGAAGAACCAAGUCCUGAGCUUUCUCGAGAAAAUGGUCGAACAGAGAAAUCUCCAAAAACCCAAUUCAGAAAACGCCACGAUUUCCCAAUCCCCUGUGGGUUUCUGGGAAAGUUUCCAACUUGGUCCUUUGAAUUGAGCUCCAGAACCCGAACAGGCAACUGGGUUUAGUGUUUCGAAUUUGGGGUCGGGUUUUAUCAUCCGUGAUCAGAAGAAGAGUGAGAGGGUUUUGGGGCAGUAGUGUGAUGAGAAAUGGGAGAAAAUGCAGCAGCUUUGCACACAGCUGUGAACUCCGUACAGGCAUUAGGAAGAGGUUUCGACGUGAACUUCGAUACAAGGUUGCUAUACUGUAAGGGAGCUGUGGGUACGAGGAUUCUGGAGCUUGACGAGGAUUGCACCAGGGAUAUCUGCCUAUAUGAUGAGAUAGUUGUACCGGGUGUUUCGAGGGACAUCAGGCAUUCGCAGGAGGCCGGCGGCCGGCAGAGCUCUGGAGUCUGCAGCUUCCAUGAGAUGGUUGAGUAUUUCAAUCAAAAGUCUAACGCAUCUGGCAGCUUUCCUCUUGGGAGUUUCAACUUUGCAUUUAGCUUCACUGGUUCAAAACAUAUUGAUGCUGCAGCCACGAAGACUCUUUGUGUGGAUGGAUUUUAUAUUCCACUUGCUAAGGUCCAACUUUUCAAAUCCCCAAUAGUGUUGCAAGAACAUGUUAAACAGGCUGUCCCAAGUAGUUGGGAUCCAGCAUCCUUGGCAAGCUUUAUUGAAAAUUUUGGAACCCAUGUCAUAACAUCAGUAACAAUUGGUGGGAAAGAUGUAAUUUACGUUAAACAACACCAUUCAUCCCCAUUGUCUACCAUGGAGAUCAAAAACUAUGUCCAGGACAUUGGAACUCAAAGGUUCUCAGAUACAGAAAGCAAUGGAACUUCAGGUCAAAUGAAAUUCAAUGAUAAGGGUGGUGAUCCUGGUUUAUUCAACAGUCAAGGGAUAUAUCCUCAACCCACUAGUGCACCAUAUCUUGCUGGGAAAGAAGAUGUCACGGUCAUUUUCAGAAGAAGGGGAGGAGACGAUCUGGAACAAAACCACACCCAAUGGGCAAGAACUGUCUGUUCCUCUCCAGAUGUAAUCGAGAUGACAUUUUUUCCUAUAGCGGCCCUACUGGAAGAGAUACCUGGAAAAGAGCACCUGACUCGAGCUAUUGGUCUUUACCUUGAAUAUAAGCCCCCAAUAGAAGAGCUGAGAUAUUUCCUGGAGUUUCAAAUUUCUCGAAUUUGGGCUCCUGUAUAUGAUAGAAAUAUUGGGCAUCAAAGAAAGGAACCUGUUUGCCCAUCCUUGCAAUUCAGCAUAAUGGGGCAAAAGCUUUAUGUCAGCCAAGAACAGGUUACUGUUAAACGGAAGCCAGUCACAGGCCUACGGUUGUAUCUAGAAGGAAGCAAGCAGAAUCGACUUUGUAUCCAUCUUCAGCACUUAGCAUCUCUUCCAAAGAUCCUUCAACCAUAUUGGGACAGUGAUGUGGCAAUUGGUGCUCCCAAGUGGCAAGGACCUGAAGAGCAAGACAGCCGAUGGUUUGAACCAGUAAAAUGGAAAAACUUCUCUCAUGUGAGCACUGCACCAAUUGAGAACCCUGAAACCUUCAUAGGGGACCUCUCUGGUGUCUACAUAGUCACUGGUGCACAGCUCGGAGUGUGGGACUUUGGAUCGAGAAAUGUCUUGUACAUGAAGCUAUCAUAUUCUAGGCUGCCAGGCUGCACCGUACGGAGAUCCUUGUGGGAUCAUACGCCAAAUGAAAAGUCAAAGAAAGCAACAUCCACUGGUGACUCAAGUUCAGGUUCAAGAGAACAUGUCGCUGGCAACAAGUUGGUGAAGGUUGUGGACAUGUCGGAGAUGAGCAAGGGACCACGAGACCAUCCUGGUCAUUGGCUGGUUACCGGUGGAAAGCUUGGCGUGGAGAGAGGGAAAAUUGUUUUAAGAGUGAAAUAUUCGUUACUAAGUUAUUGAGUCAGUUUAUAAAUUUGCAAGAUUGAUGUGCACAGUGGUGGUUUUUUGUUAGGUGAGAGGUGUCUUUGAUGUUCAUCCUGGUUGUAAACUUUGGCUGUAUGAUAGACAGACAAAGAGUGAGAGGAGGAUUGUGUAUUUGAGUGGUUUUAGUGUGAGUAGAUGCUGCCUCUUGAGAUGUAUUUGUAAGUAAAAUGUCAAUUAUAUCCCUCAUUUACUAGGAUCGUAAUUAAUUGAAUUGUUCCUUAAGGUGGAAAA